AGAAUUUAUAAACAGGUACAAAUCUUUGUUAUCGUCCUCUAUACUGAGAUAGACUAUAAGGCCAAUAAUUUGAUUCGAUAUUUCACUAUCAACCUCCUGGCCUAAAAAAAGUAGUCUUUCUCGAUAAAGUCGAUUGAUUCAGAUCAAAUUGGAUCCAUUAAGAGCCGUACAUGCACCUUUUGAUGCAUACGGUUCACCAAAAAUCGCAAAAAGGAAUCAAUGUGUCGAUUUCAACCCUUUUUCAUAUUGAUAAUCAAAAAUGGACUUUUUCGAACUUCAAAAGAAAGGUCUAUUUUCUUACAUUUUUAUUUCAAGAAAAAUCAACUUUGGACGCCUUUAAUUAGUAUUAGUUAUUAUAUAUAUUAGUUAGAUUAUAUCUAUAUAAACCUAUCCUCUAUUAUAAUAGAAAAAAAAAAUGGACUAAACUUAUUGAACGAACUUCUCAUUGAUGUAUUGUUUUCGUCGAGAUCAAACCCAAAUCGCAAUGUCAUUUUCUUGUUUCUGAAUGGGCUUGCUAAAUUCUUUUAGGUUGAUUUUCUACUCUGAGUAAAGAUACGCCCGAUUUUUAUUUGCACAUAUAGGACAAAUACUGCAAUACCGCGUUUUUUUGUUCCUACUUCUUUCUUUUUCUGAAUUUUGUAUUUCAUAUUUUCUUCCAAAUAUAUGACAGAUAAUAAAAGUAGUAAUCAUAGACAUAUUACCAAUUGGUUUUUUUUUUUUUUAAACAGAGCCUAGGUGCUUCAUUUGAUUGGUUUAACCAAACCAACCAUAAAUUAUUUUAAAUUUAUAUAAUAAACAUAAUAUAUAUAAUAAUAAUCUGGAUACCCCCCCCAAAAAAAAAAAUAAAAAAAUCGAUCUAAUUACACUUCACGCUCCAAAUUUUUGAGGAUUCAAUCAAUCUGGGGUGAAAGGGAGGAUAUCUCAAUCGGGGGAGAGAACGGGGAAAUCCCAUAUGACCCAAUAUAUCUGACAAGUCGCACUAUAUGUCAACCCAAGAUGCAUCCUCCUCUCCAGGACUUCGAAAGGGCACUUUUGGAACACCAAUGGGCAUAAACUGGCUAAAAGAAUGAAGCCAUAAAUCUCACUUUGGUGUGGAAACGUAAGGAUGAGUUUCUUGUCUUAACAAAGAGUUGUCUUUCUCCUAUUUUAUUUAGAUUAGAAAUCAUAAAGAAAAAAGGAAUACUAAAUGAGCAAAGGAAAGUUAUUCGGAGUAGGUCCUUCGAGCGAUGCGAUAAAAAAGUAUGUCUGCAUCCACUCAUAUAAACAUUAUAUAUAAACACUCAUAUAAAAUAGGGUCAACCCCCCUCCCCCCCUCCACCAUUGCGUAUUGUUACUUAUUGGGUAUAUAAUAGAUCUGCUUCUUUUUGUUUCUGCAGAUAUAAUUGUUCCGUUAUUACUAAAAAACUAGAACAAAUAUGAAACCUUUUCCUCAUAUAAUCCACUGAAAAAAAAAGGGUGGGGUCUGGGGUCAUAGUCCAUAAUAUAAUAUAGUAUUUUCCAGUGCAAUAAAGUUACAUAGUGUCUAUUUUUUGUUGAUAUAAGAGGUAUUUUCAUGGGUUUGCCUUGGUAUCGUGUUCAUACCGUUGUAUUAAAUGAUCCCGGCCGUUUACUUUCUGUUCAUAUAAUGCAUACAGCUCUGGUUGCUGGUUGGGCCGGUUCGAUGGCUCUAUAUGAAUUAGCAGUUUUUGAUCCCUCUGACCCUGUUCUUGAUCCAAUGUGGCGACAGGGUAUGUUCGUUAUACCCUUUAUGACUCGUUUAGGAAUAACUAAUUCAUGGGGCGGUUGGAACAUCACAGGGGGGGCUAUAACCAAUCCGGGUAUUUGGAGUUACGAAGGUGUGGCCGGAGCACAUAUUGUCUUUUCAGGUUUGUGCUUUUUGGCAGCUAUCUGGCAUUGGGUCUAUUGGGAUCUAGAAAUAUUUUGUGAUGAACGUACUGGAAAACCUUCUUUGGAUUUACCCAAAAUCUUUGGAAUUCAUUUAUUUCUUGCGGGGGUGGCUUGUUUUGGUUUCGGCGCAUUUCAUGUAACAGGAUUGUAUGGUCCUGGAAUAUGGGUGUCCGACCCUUAUGGACUAACCGGAAGGGUACAAUCCGUAAAUCCCGCAUGGGGUGUGGAGGGUUUUGAUCCCUUUGUUCCGGGGGGAAUAGCCUCUCAUCAUAUUGCAGCAGGGACAUUAGGUAUAUUAGCGGGCCUUUUCCAUCUUAGUGUGCGCCCGCCCCAACGUCUGUACAAAGGAUUGCGUAUGGGAAAUAUUGAAACCGUCCUUUCGAGCAGUAUCGCUGCUGUCUUUUUUGCAGCUUUUGUUGUUGCCGGAACUAUGUGGUAUGGUUCAGCAACCACCCCAAUUGAAUUAUUUGGUCCCACUCGUUAUCAAUGGGAUCAGGGAUAUUUCCAGCAAGAAAUAUAUCGAAGAGUUGGUGCUGGGCUAGCCGAAAAUCAAAGUUUAUCAGAAGCUUGGUCUAAAAUUCCUGAAAAAUUAGCUUUUUAUGAUUACAUCGGCAAUAAUCCGGCAAAGGGGGGGUUGUUUAGAGCGGGCUCAAUGGACAAUGGAGAUGGAAUAGCCGUGGGUUGGUUAGGACAUCCUAUUUUUCGAGAUAAAGAGGGGCGUGAACUUUUUGUACGUCGUAUGCCUACCUUUUUUGAAACAUUUCCGGUUGUUUUGGUAGACGGAGACGGAAUUGUUCGAGCCGAUGUUCCUUUUCGAAGGGCAGAAUCUAAGUAUAGUGUUGAACAAGUAGGUGUAACCAUUGAGUUUUAUGGUGGCGAACUCAAUGGAGUCGGUUAUAGCCCAUUUCAUAUGAUGGGAGUUGCUGGUGUAUUGGGCGCUUCCCUUCUAUGCGCUAUCCAUGGUGAUACCAUGGAAAAUACGUUAUUUGAAGACGGCGAUGGCGCAAAUACAUUCUGUGCUUUUAACCCAACGCAAGCCGAAGAAACUUAUUCAAUGGUUAUCCCUAAUCGCUUUUGGUCUCAAAUCUUUACUUAA